AUGGCCACAGUUACUAACCUAUUUCACAAAGUAGCUUCAUAUUUAAGAGUAGAUUAUGCUAUCAUUUGUUUAUUUAUAAGAUCAAGCGACGGCUCUCCGAAACCCACUGUCACUUGGUUAAUGAAUGGCCAAAUCCAAAAUAGUGUCGUGGAUUACACACACGUUAACAGCAUAAAUAGCAAAUUAGUGGUGCGAAAUUUGUCACGAAUUCACCAGCAUGCGGUGUAUACGUGCCAGGCCAGCAAUUUCCACAAGAAAUAUGUCUCCAACAACAUAACAAUCGAACUUUACUUGCGGCCACUUCUGGUUGAGAUUUCAUUCAACAAUCAACCAAUGUCCGCUGAUCGAAAAUAUGAAAUCGAAUGUCAAGCAAUUGGUUCGAGGCCACCGGCGAAAAUUACUUGGUGGAUGGGUAAUAUGGAACUGCAUGCACAUAGUCAGAAGGUAUCCACAGAUGGAAAUGUUAGCGUUUCGGUGCUGUCAAUUACUCCCUCGAGGGAAGAUCAUGGCAAGUCAUUAUCUUGUCGAGCUACCAACGAGUUGGUGCGCAAUGGCAUUAAGGAAACAGCCAUGAAACUAAAUGUAUUCUUUAUACCAACCUUACAAUUAGAUUUGGGCUCAAAUUUAAAUCCUGAAGAUAUUGAAGAAGGUGACGAUGUAUACUUCGAGUGUAAAGUUCAUGCUAAUCCAGCAGCCUAUAAAGUUGUAUGGAAACAUAAUACAUAA